GGGAACUGUAGAAUCCUGAGUCGGUGUUUCCUGCCGGAAGCAUUGAGUGGUGCACCGUCCUUCACAACACAGCGGCUAGAAGCUGUCAUCCUGCCGUGAAAUCCGUAAGACAGAGACGAUGCCAUCCAUCAUGAUGUCUACAGCCUGGAUGAUCUGACCAAGCCACCUCUACCAUGUUGUCAGGAUUUCUUGCUGCUCGUCACUUCCUGAAGUGGAAGUCUUGCAAUAAAUCAACCCUUGACAUUCAUUGGUGUUCAUCUGAUGCAAAACGGUGGUUUCGAGGACAUACCGUCCAGAAGAAAGCUCAUAGAUGGACAAGAGUUCCCUCAUCGAGGAUUAACCGGAAGCCAGUAUUUACUGAAGCUUUGACAUUUGGAGAGAAAUCAGCCAUAAUAGAUAGUAGCGGCAGCCACAGCUACAAGCAACUUUAUGCCAGCAGCUUGGGACUUGCAAGGACAAUCAACGCCACGCUUGACUCUGACUUUGGGUGCCUGGAAGGGAAACGGAUCUCCUUUCUGUGCGCUAAUGAUGCUUCUUAUACGGUGGCCCAGUGGGCUACUUGGAUGAGCGGUGGCACGGCGGUUCCGCUGUACUUGAAACACCCACCGCCUGAACUGGAGUACAUCGUCACAGACUCCCAGAGUGCACUGCUGCUGGCGGGACACCCCUAUGCUGAGAACUUGGAGCCCCUGGCACAAAGGCUGGGUUUGCCUUGCAUCAAACUUCCGCCUACUUCCAACCUCAGCGCUUUAAACCAAGAUGACGUCCAAGACAUGGAAGAGGUCGGAUCAGAGAGGGCUGAUGGACCAGCCAUGAUCAUCUACACCAGUGGUACUACAGGAAGGCCGAAGGGUGUUGUCCAUACGCACAGUAGCAUCCAGGCAAUGGUCCAGUGUCUGGUCUCUAAGUGGGCGUGGUCCAAAAAUGACGUCAUCCUCCACACACUCCCGCUCCACCAUGUGCACGGCAUCGUCAACAAACUUCUGUGCCCGCUCUGGGUCGGCGCCACCUGUGUCAUGCUGCCCGAAUUCCAACCUCAAAAGGUAUGGGAGAUGCUGCUGAGCUCCAAAGCGCCAAUGGUUAAUGUCUUCAUGGCCGUGCCAACUAUCUACUCUAAACUCAUUAACUACUAUGAUCAGCACUUCACACAGCAUCAUGUCAAGGACUUUGUCAGAGCCGUGUGCAAAGAGAGGAUCAGGCUCAUGGUCUGUGGCUCUGCUGCCCUGCCGCUGCCCACUCUGCAGCGCUGGCAGGAGAUGACGGGGCACACGCUGCUGGAGCGCUACGGCAUGACGGAGAUUGGCAUGGCACUGUCCAACCCUCUGAAGGGCCAACGCACCCCAGGAGCUGUUGGGUUGCCACUACCUAGUGUGGAAGUGCGGAUUGUGACGAAUAACACAAACAACACCACAAUCGUUGAGGGGAACCACAGAAGGACUCAGAUAAGGCCAGGUCUGGAGGGGAAGGCAGGCGAGCUCCUGGUCCGUGGUCCAUCUGUCUUUAAGGAGUACUGGAACAAACCUCAGGAGACCAAAGAGUCUUUUACUGAUGACGGCUGGUUCAAGACAGGAGACACCGCAGUAUUUCGGGACGGGGUGUAUUGGAUCAUGGGCCGGACCAGCGUUGACAUCAUCAAGAGCGGUGGCUACAAGAUCAGCGCCCUCGAGGUGGAGCGCCACCUGCUGGCUCAUCCAGACAUCACAGAUGUCGCCGUGAUCGGGGCGCCAGACGCCACUUGGGGUCAAAAGGUCACUGCCGUGGUUCAACUGAAAGAAGGCCAAAGUCUCACCUUGCCUGACUUGAAAGCCUGGGGAAGGGAGCACAUGGCGCCCUACGCCAUCCCCGCGGACCUGCUGCUGGUGGACCAGAUACCGAGGAACCAAAUGGGCAAGGUCAACAAGAAGGACCUCCUGAGACACUUCUUCCCCUGACUGCAUCGCUCUCCUCGCCUCUCAGCCUUCCUCAUCUCAAUUUCCCCAACACUCGGCCUCCUCCGUCUUCAUCACCACGCAUCAGAUUGCGAGCGGGACCGACUCCACCGCUCGAGCCCCGGCGUGCGCAGACAAUAGACGCAAAGCGAGUGGACGCCAAGGCACGGACGACUUCAAUGUGGAGCGGGUGUGUCGGGGAGAAGAUUGGAUUCUGCACUAGAGAGCGACGAAGAAGAGAAGAUGAGGAAAAGAUGUUGAAGGUAAUGGAGGAAGAAGUGGUGCUGCGGAAGGGACGGCAGUCAUAGGGCCCCGUUCCUGGGUGGGUCUCGUGUGAGGGGACGAGGGGGGGGGGGUGUCCUUCUGCAAUGCAAAGUGCUGAAAAUGAUGAAAAGCGCCACUAUGCAUAGCACAGGGGUGUCCUAACUUUUUCAUGCUGGCUGGAAGUAAAGUAACUACCGUAUUUCCUUGAAUUGCCGCCGGGGCGCUAAUUAAUUUAAAACCUCUUCUCACUCCGGCUCUUACCAAAGGCAUGCGGUAAAUUUAGGCCUGCGCUUAAAAAUUUGAGUGUGAUGUAAGGAUACCAUCAUGAAAAGCACAUUUAAUUAUAAAAACACCUUAUUAUGGUCUUACCUUUACUUAUAAAUGAAGUUGAUACCUUGUAACUUGUUUAUAGAAGUCUUCCUUAUCUUUCUUCAGUUUUAAAAGUCUCUUUGUCUCGAUGGAGAUCUUCCUUAUUACCUCCUGUUUUGAUUGAAAGUCCAGUUUAGAAAACUGUUUUAUUUUAGAUAUGUAAUCCUCCAUGUUAAAAGUGCAAGCGAGAGGAAAAAAUAAAGGAUCGCUGCUCACUCUUGCUGCUUGUUGUCACUUCUUCUGCAGCCGAGUAGUCGCAAGAAGGAUCACUAGCGCCCUCUACCACCAGGAGGCGGGAGUCAUUUAAUGACUCAUAUUUGACACACGCAGCUACGGUACAUUAAUAAAACAUAGCUGCUUACUGUUCUUUUUAGCAUAUUCAAUAGCUUGGACCUUAAAUCCUACUGAAUAGCUCUUAAUCUUCUUCCCUUUAUGCGAUUUCAAAUGAUUGAAAUCAGCCUCCUCCAUUUUGAAAAUGAUGACAGGUGAAGUGUCACUCGUGACGUGAUGAGUUUGACCCGGCGGAAAUUCUAGACAUGCGCUAAUAAAAAUAAUAUUUUGCGAAACGAGUUUGACCCGGCAGUAAUUCUAGGCAGGCGCGUACUAUAUACCCGGCGGCAAUUCAAGGAAAUAGGGUAUAUACAUGGUGAUUACGCCAAGGUCAUCACGCAUGAAUUCGGGUGCAGAGCAUUGUAAUAAACUGGAUCAAUGGUCAUGUGAUACAGGUGUUAUCCAAGUUUUAUUAGUAAUAUACACAACUUCACUGUUGUGGUCCUGUCAUCCUUUCUGCGCCGUUCAGUUGGAGGAAGACCGCGUGAUUAUUUACCCACAAAAUGGCGACGACUCAGCAAAUGCUGGCCAUAUUGAGCACUUGUAAAGAAUGAAAUAAAUACUCCAAGUUAUGUACAA